AUGUUGGAUAAAGGUGCUACAAAAGAAGUUGAUAAUGUAUCUAAAUUAGAAGCUCAAUUAUGUGAGUACUUUAGUAUUAUUAAAAAAGGAGAUAGAUCACCAUAUAUGGUAUUAUUAUUGUUAGCUGCAAUAAGUGCAAUAAACAGGUUUUAUAACUCAAGUAUCAGUAAAGUUAAACCUGUUAAUUUAUGUAACCAGCAAGUGUUUUUAAACUUGAA